AUGAAAGGUGGAAGAACUGCCAGAAGGGUAUUUGAGUUUGGAAGAACAUAUGUGGUGAAACCUAAAGGAAAACACCAAGCAACCAUUGUAUGGUUACAUGGCCUUGGUGAUAAUGGUUCAAGUUGGUCCCAGCUCUUGGAGACUCUUCCUCUUCCAAAUAUCAAAUGGAUAUGCCCUACUUCACCUUCUCAACCAUUAACCUUAUUCGGCGGCUUUCCUACAACUGCAUGGUUUGAUGUAAGUGACCUAUCUGAAGAUGCACAUCAAGAUGUAGAAUCAAUGGAUGCUUCUGCAGCACAUGUAUUGAGUCUCUUAUCUACUGAGCCUCCUAAUAUCAAACUUGGUGUAGGAGGGUUUAGUAUGGGAGCAGCAACUGCUCUAUAUUCUGCAACAUGUUUUUCACAUGGAAAAUUUGGAAAUGGAAACUCAUACUCUACUCAUUUGGAUGCAAUUGUUGGCCUUAGUGGUUGGCUUCCAUGUGCAAAGGAUCUGAGUAACAAGGUGGAAGGGGAGGAAGCUGCAAAUCGUGCUUCAUCCUUGCCUAUUUUACUUUGUCAUGGAAAAGUGAAUGUGUUGGAAUUGGAAUUGGCUAGCAUAUUUGGCGGAUUGUUGGUGAUUAGUCAUAAUGCAGAUGAUCUUCUUCCUCAGAAGAGGAUCGAUACCAACAACUUUUGGGGCGAAGAGAGGAUUUCCCGCUUCACAUGUUGGUUUCUCUGUUAUCGUACCUGGUGUUUGGGUUCCUUCCACCGGUUGUAUCUGGGUUUUCAUUCCGUGAGAGCAACGACAAAAUCAGGGCUACCUCCUAAACAUGUUGAAAAUCAGGGCUACCUCCUAAACAUGUUGAGAGUUCAAGUUUUCGUGAUUCUCACUAAUGUUUCAGGAAUUUGCCAAACACUGAUGGUAGACUCGUUUGCUUACCUACCUCCUAACUCAAAGCAUCACUUUAAGAGUUAUGAAUCUUCUACACUUGUUGUAUUUGAAAAAAGGUAUGCUUACCUAGAAGAUCAUAUUCCCGAGCCAAUUGUUGGCUCCACCAAUUAGCAACCACUUCUUGA